AUGAAACGUAGAGAUUCACUAGCCUCCUUGUUCACUGGCCACAGUGCGAAAAUACUUUCUUGGGAAGAGGAAGAGCUCCUGUCUGAUAGCGAAGAUGUUGAAGAAAGACUCUCACCAUCUGAAGAGUCAAACCAAACUUCACUCGUUGACGAUCCUUCAAAGAUCAGCAGCACUAUUGUGUCACAUGAAAACCCAAGAAAUGAGUUAGAAAUUAUGAAUUUGACCAAGAAAAUCAACAGAAAGAAAGGAAGCCCAGAAAUAAUUAAUUCCUUAUCAUCUUUGAGCAAUCUUUUUUCCCGGGUUGCGAGGCCGCCAAAGAGUCCGACAACAGAAACUGAAUGUGCUAUCAAACAACGGAGAAAACUCUCGUCUAAUGCAGUCCAGGUAAGAGAAAGACCUCUUAUCUUAAGUUUCUCUCAGCAAAAAUUUGACUCACUUUUUAAUUGUAGUUUUUGUUGUCAUUAUCGCCAUCGUUGUUGUUUUGGCGCAUUCAGGAGGGAACCGGGCUAUGUAGUUUGUUUGUUUGUUUGUUUGUUUGUUUUGAAUUGUCUGUUAUAUCAGGGCCAGGAGGUUUUCAGCGGUGAUAUCACAAGUUUACUGAUCUUACAAAUAACCAAUUUUAGAGCCAUGAACAAUCAAUCUACCUUUCACAAUUUCUUUACCUAAUUCAAUGGUGUAAAAUUUAUAAUUACUCAGACCACCUCAUUACAGUUUAAAUUCCUUGAAACAGGAGGAAACAACGCGAACGAGUUCUUUUAGCUUAAUGAUAUAUACUGCCACUUUGGGGUUAAAUGGCAUCUUUAGAGCUUUAUUGAUACUUUGGAGAAAGAAGUGGUGGAGUAAAAUUUGCUAAUUUUCAAUAACUCUUACACUGUAAGAGACAAUCAGAGACAAAUCUCCCACAGAUCGUCCCAGGUCAUCGCGUCCAUGGUGACUGCGAAAAAACUGGAAAUGCCUGUUGACGGCUUCUUCCGCUCGCGAAGCUGCCAUGUUGUUGGUGGAUACCUUCUCGUAACCUAAAUGAUAUAUUUAAGGAUUGACAACCAGGUUCUAGACUUGAGAUAGAAAAUGGUGCUAUUUGAGGACCAUUUUUGGGUGUGUUUAUCAUUUGAAAUUAGUGUUUUCCAGCGCAUCGUCGAUGUAGCUGCUUGACAUCCGGAGCGUGAUGUUACAAUAAUUUCUUUCUUUAUUUUCACGGCUUUCAGGGGGAAAGAAAUGCUGGAUUCGACGUGCUCUAUCAUAACAUGAAAUAUGGAAACAAUGCAAGUUGUAAGCUUGUUGAAUUUUUACGCGAAAGGUGGGCACAAUGUUUGGCUAAAAUUUUGUUCGUGAGAACUUUGUGGUCGAGAUGUGUUUAAUGUAUGAUUAUGAGCAAUUUCAAAUUCUACCUUCGACUUUCAGAUCUGCUGUAGAGGAAGUCUAUGCUAAAUCACUCCUGAAAUUAGCGAAAUCUGCAACUCAAGUGACACAGCUAGGGUAAGUCAGAGGAAGCUGUCCAUGUUAAUGUUGUUCGUAAUGGAUUAAAAAAUUUUGUGGUUUGAAAUUGUUGUGCUUUCGGAGGACGGGAGCUUGAAAUUUUUUACCGAUAUAAGCUCUUGCUUGUCCAUGAGUGCGUAAUGUUAUCCUACAGGGUUAGCGAAGUUUAGGCGGGGAAAAGUGGCUGUUUCUCCCCUUACUGUAGAAAUUGUAUCAUAAUAGAAACCAAAAAUUAUAAAUUAAAUUUGAAUGUGUUUUAAAAUAACCACAAUGGGCUGUCAUACUCCGUGCGAAUUUAUUCUGUUUAUAUCAACAACUUUGAGCAAAAUACCGUAUUUGGAAACCGUAGUUGACCAGUUUAACUGAGACUUUCGCCCUUUACACCAAAUCCACUAGCUUUUUAUUAUUUUCUGAAUGUUGUUUAUUUCUUUGUGGUAUGCUCGCACAUCAACUUUGGUAGAAACGGGCCAAUUUCAAAACCUCGGUUGCAGUAAUCCAGGUGAAUUCUCAGAUUCUUACAGGGUGAACUAAUGAUGAUUGUAAUAAAAUAUAUUUUUUAUCGCUUUAUCUACAUCUAGUAGGAAAAAAAACCUUUUUAGAAGAUUUCUCAGUACUGUUUUCCCUUGUCUGUGUCUGAGAACACACAUUGAGGACAUAAGUACACAUAUUGUUGUUUUUUGUUGUGGACAUUCAAUUACAGGGAAGAGAUUUCUUUCCUUUUAGCUCUUUAGAAAUAUUUAAAUGUGGUUAAUAAGUUUUAUGUAGAUAAAUUUAAUUUGUGAUGUCCAUUGUUGAAGCAUGUAUGGCUCAAAGAAAAUAUUCUGCCAAACAGUGAGUGAGAUAAGAAACACUUUCAAUUGUAGAUUUUGAAAUAAGACAGAUUCAAACUUAGGCUGUCAUCAGUAAUGUAUUGGUUGAAACCUAUCCUAAAAUAUGAUUUGUGUAACAGUAUUUAAAAAUAUCUUCACAUGGUAGUUCUAUGGUAGGGAUUACAGUAAAUCAGCAAGAAACUGUUUGGUGAAUAUAUAACCCAGAAAGUCCCAACUAAUGCUAUCAGAGAGGCUUUCAUAUUAUAAUAACUUUACAAGUGUUGUGUUCUGUUGUGACAAAACAUGACCUUGGGGUAUCUAUUACAUGUAUAGUACCAAUAAUAUAGCAAGCAUCUUCUGGGUGACCUCUGGUGGAGGAAUAAAAUAUCAGAGAUUUCAAAAAGUGAAUAUUACUAGGGAGAAUUUCCAUUUUUGGUUUCAAACCUCAUUCACCUUAAGUGCUGAGGUUUCAAUAAGGUUUUUAACUAAAAGGCAAAAACUACACAGUAGGUGGCUUAUGGAAGUUUGAUCCUUACUCCAGCUUUGUUAAUUACAGAGGAAAUAGGUGGCAAUUUUGCAUUACAUAGAACAGGAAUUUUGCUGGUUUUUGCCAGCUCUUAUGGAAAUCCUGGUUUAUAUUUUAGAAAAUUUCACCAUUUGAGGCAAUUUUGUAUCAUGGCCAUCUCUUAGUCAGGUCAGAGAAGGUGGCCUUUCACAGCAAGAUUGGAAUCUGUGGCCCAAUUUCUACUCUUUCUCAAGCUGAGAAAGUUUAAAGGGUUUUUCUCUAAGAAGGGGAAAUUGAAGCUAGGACAAUCUAUAUGUGCAAUGAUGUAGCUUUUGAACCUACAUGUAGGUUUGCCUGAUUUUGCAGAAGAGUUUGAAAUAUAGUCAUCACCAGUUAAGUUUAGAAUAUUCAUGCAAAAAAGCACAAGUUUCCAAUCGUCUUGUAUAUGUAUGUGUGAAAAUGUUCAAAAUUGAAAUGAAAAGUCUGGGUAAUGUUUUUCCAUUCAAUAGCAGACCACAUGUUUGAAAAAUACAUUUUAAGAAAUUUACAUAAUUGUAUUUUCUGCUGUUCAGAAGGCAAUCCAGUUAAUAAAUGGCUAUAAUGGUUGCAAACUGGCAGGGAUUAGUAUACAGCUGCUUUCUGCCUUAAUUAGUCCUAAUAAAAUUCUAAAAUGGAACAAACAUUUCAUUUUUGUUUCAACAAAAAAACAUUUAAAAAAAAUACAUUUCAUACAAUGUUUAUUGAAAAUAGUUCUGAACUGGAAUAUAAUUAUUUCUGCUGUUAGGAUAAAAAGCCUAGAAUCUGUAACACAAAGCCAAAUUGACAUUUCUUUUUAAAGAGCUUAAUAAAAAAAAAAGUCUGUUUAAAAUAAUUUCAAACUUUUGCUGGAAGUGAAAAUUUAAAAAAUAUAUCAAAUAUCAUAUUUUAAAAUAUUUCUCAGUCUAAUGAAAUUAUGAAAUGUGUAAAAGAUUACCAAGUAUCUGUUUAUCUGGGCAUCACCAGUCAGAAUGUUAGAUAUUAUGAUAUAUUUGAUAAGAAUGAUAAAUGAUGCUGAAUUGUUACUCCGUAAAUCUAGAAUUUUAGUAACUGCUAUAAAAGUGUUGAAGAAAGGUUUUAAAUUACUUUAAGAGACAUAUUGAAUUACUAUGCAACUUUGGUUUUUUGUUGAUUUAAAGUUUCAAUCACAUUUUCUUUACUGAUUUAGGGAAAAAUGCUGCAGCAUGUGUAAACUUGCUGCAACAAAAUCCCCAUUAAUUAAAGCAAUGGAAAUAAUGUCCUCUUUUUUCUGAUUUGCAAAUGUGAUAUUAUUUAUAUUUUUCAGCACCUUUGAGCCUCUCUGGGGAGUCUUACGGGUUGCAACCGAGAAGCUUGCCAAUGCACAUUUACAAGUUGUUACAAGAUUUCAAGAUCUUAUCAAAGACCUCAAGGAUUAUGGUGACAAGCAAAAAGAAAGACACAAACAGGUUGAUUUUUUAUUUAUUGGAGUGUAAACUAUAUGUGCAUGUGAUCAACAAGAAGAUUUAAAGAUAAAAUUUGUGUGAAUGGUUGGAACCUGUAAUGAAUGAAUGAAAGUGUUUACAAAAUAGUUAAUUUGAUCAUCAAGUUGAUACUUCCAAUGAGAGAAGUCCUGAAAAGGACUUGUGGCUGGCAGUGACUGAUGUUAUGUUAAAUCAACCAAGAAGACAUAUGGCAGUGGAGUGAUUUAACUCAAGUUCUCAAGUGAUAUUGAUUCAUGAGGACUUACAUUCUGGUUGUUAAAACCUCUGUGACUGUCAUAGACAACAAUACUAUUCAGGAGUAAUCCCACCUACUAUCAGACUACAAUGGUCAACUUGUACUUCUGGGUUUAAACUGUCCACUGCUAAAGAGUUCCUCCAGGAAAUGGUUUCCAUCACUUGCGUGUGAUGGGGAGGGCUUGUAUUUUAUCUACAUAUAUUCCUAAUCAGUUAGGAUGCUGCUUGGAAACUUAAGAUUUAAAUGUAGGCCUCAACUUCAGUGAUUUUGGCAAGAAUAUUUCUUUGAUUUGGAGUCAGGAUGUUGUGAUGUUGUGGUUUCUCAUUCAAAAUAAUGAUAACCUUACAAAUGAAUAAAAUUUCUUUUUUGUUAAAAAUUUUACCUUUCCAGUAUAAGGAAGAGUUUAGCAGCACAGCAGAGAUUGUACAGACCAUACAAACAAUGACAGCCAAUCUAGUCAAGGUAAUGAUCAUUAACAACAUAAUUUUUUUCAUGAAUACAAGAUUUUACAGAUUGAUGAUACAACAUGUGUCCUUCAAAUUUCUCUGCUUAUCGUUCUACUGUUUGAUGUUAUUUAUAACACUUAUAUUAACUCAGUCAUAUAUUUUUUUUCCUCUGUGUGCACAGGCCAAGGAGGCUUACUAUGCCAGGUGUCAAGAAGUUGAAAAAUCGAGAAAAGAUGGAUCUGGUACAAAGGAUGUUGAAAAGGUUUGUUAACCCUUAAACUCCCACGAGUGACUAGGACAGAAUUUUCCUUACAGUAGUAAUUUAACAUCAAGCAGACAAUUAAUGAGAAUAAUUAUAACUAAAUAUCAAUUUGGGGAAUAUUAGUGUUGUCCUAUACUUUGUGUAAACUUUAAGUACAGCAUAUUGUAGCCCUCUCAGUUUUUGGAGUUGUACCCUGAAUUUGUCUUUUCUUUAACCCUUUUUCUUGUAGGAGUGAUCAAUGAAUGUCGAAUGUUGAAUGUCUUGACAAUGUUAGUACAUUGUGAAGUAGACAGGUUAUAAGGAAAAAGAAAAUAUUUCACAGGGGACUUUGUUUGAUAUGACUUAAAAUUCUUACAGUCAGCCAAGAGGGAAAUGUAUAAUCACUAAUUGGGAGAGUAAACUUUGAAAGAGUUUAGUCUAACUUUUGCUAUUAUUAUCUGUAUUUUGUUUCCAAAAAUUGCAGGCUGAAGCAAAAAUGAAGAAAGCAGGUACUGCAAAGCUCUUGAUUUAUUCCUCUCAUUUUUUUGCCAGAUUCAGGCUUUUCUGAUGAAAUGUGAUGUAAAACAACAGGGGAACAUCCUCUAUGACUAAAUAGAACAUGACUAAAUAGAACUAAAUAUUACAUAUCUUUGUGUACCCAGGUACUCAUGAUAGUAAAGUCCAGACACAGUCUUUGCAUGUUUUUCACACCUAUUUAUCUUGAAAAUGUCAUAUGCAAUUGAAAAGAAAGUGAAAAUUUUUAGAAGGUGUUUUCACAUGCUUUAUGGCUGGUGUGUGAAGCCUACACAUAAAAAAAGUUGGAUUCACACUUGCUUGUGAGAGCCUCAAAAGGGAUUUGAAUGAACCCCUUUUUUUAAACUGUAGAUAGUAAAUUGCAUUUUUUUAAUGACUUUGUGAGUGUAGGUACCAGUCAUUUUUAAUAAAUGUCAUUUCAUAUGGUUUGUGGAUAAGUGUUAUAACCUUUUCCCCACACUUGUAGGAACUUUCUUAUAUCUGUUGUUCACUGCAUGUUUGUUUAGCUGAAGAGUAUAAACUUCUUGUUGAAAAGAGGGAAAUAAUUAGAAAUGACUUUCAUGACAAGAUGGUGGAUGCUUCCAAGGUAUGAAUUCACAUGAUUACUGUAUUGAUGAUCAUUGUCAUUAUUAUUAUUAUCAUUAUUAUUAUUACAAUCAUCAUCAUCAUGAUCAGCAUGUGAUUCUCUUCAGCUCUUUCAUCUGCCAGCUGGGUGUUUCAUUUUACAUCUCAGCUCCUACCAGCAUGUAGAGGUUCAACACCUUUCUAUUAAUAUGAAUUGUCACCUGAAUCUGGGGCACUUUCAUUAAAGUAGGGAGUGCUGAGUACUCACUCUCUCUGCAAAUUCAGGCAGUCUUUUGAGAAUAUUCCAUGAGCCCCCAUAACCACAGGCAACACUUAUGUUUUCUAGGCUUCUAUUGGUCUAGAGUGGGAAAAAAAUGCAUCAUGUAAGUGAUGGCAUGGAAAAUGGAGAAAAAGAGAAACUCCCUUGUAGAUGCAUUGGUAUCAAUGCACCAAUAUGUUAGCUUUCUUGAAUCAACAAGUUUACAAGGCGGUUUUGUGGUUGCUUAUUUCUGAUUCAAUAGUACUGCCAUCUUUAUUAGAUAGUGAUGUCUUCAAAGUGAAUUUUGAAGAAGUUUAGGUCUGUUUUACUUUGUAGAAAUUCCAGAAGCUUGAUGAGGAACAUUUGAAGGUAAUAAUUGCCUACCUUGAACAGUACAUUGACUCACAGAAGUCAGGGCAAGUUUUCAUAGAAGAGGUAUGUUUUUAUCAUUUUUGCUCCUUACAGACAAAGGUGUCUUUCUUUCAUCCCUUGCAUGAGUAAAAUUGCACUUUUCUACCAAGUAAACAUGUACUGCAUUUUCUUGAUACCUUAGGUCUACAAGGAGUUCUUGGGGCAAGUGAAGGCAUUAACAGUACAUCAUUUGUUGGAUCAGUUUGUGAGGAGCAAGGGUACUGGAAAAGCUAUUCCAGGUAGAUGCCUUUGAAGUUGAAAUUUCAAUUCUUAUAUCAGUACUUUCUUACCUUAAUAUCUUACUCGUGUAAAUUAUGAUAAGCUGGCUUUAAUCUUCUAACAUGCAUUAUUGCUCUUACGUCAUGUAGAUUACAUAUUCUUAGGUUGUUAACCCUUUCAAUCUAAAGAAAGUUGGAAUUUCUUCUUACAAUAUCAGUACCUUGUCAGGCUGAAAAGUGGUGAGCAGAAAAAAAAGUCAUCAACAGAAUAAUAGAUUUAUUGCAAUUCAAUUUACAAUAAAUUGAAAUGUCUCUUUGACACUUCCCUCUUAUAUUUCACUCUGAAAAACAGACACCCUAGUAACCAAAAAUUACUUUUGUGUCCCAUUCGGGAAGAAUGGGACACAAAAGUAAUUUUUAAGUAAGACUUAUUUUUCAAGUCAUGUAAUCUGUAAAAUUUGAUGUUGCCCUCUUUUGCAGGUGUUAUAACAUUUGAGGAGUACACUGGACAAGCAGAAGGUGCUAUAACAAACAAUCACUCACCCAGCUUAAAUGCACCCAAACACCAUCAUCCAUCAGGUAUUACUUAAAAAAAAAGUGUGUGUUACUUCUAUGAGAAACUGUAAAUCCUGCCAAGAAAGAAUGGAAAAUGAGAGAGGGUGACAUAGAUACUUUUUUGUGUUGUAGGAUUUCCAAUAACACUGAAGAGAAUGGAAAAGAAGAAAAAGAAAAAGAAGGCAAAGAAAGAGAAAUCUCAAAAUGGUUCAGUGUAAGUUAGUGUACCAUUACAAGACUUGGAAAAUUUUCUAGUUAAAGCACACUUCUUUGUUGAAUGUUUUUUCAGUCUUCUUCACUAAUUGUUAUUAUUUUUUUAAAAGUGACUCACCUUCAAGUGAAGGAGGGGAUGUGGUAAGUUUUCGCCUCACUUCAUGAUAUGUAAUCAUUUUUUUCCUUGAUUUGAUCACACUCCACCAAUGUUUGUGAAGAAAGAUCAGCAAAGUCAUUACAUAUGUUGAAUUGUUGAAAACUGAGGUACUUAAAAUUCUGCAAGUUUCAAGUGAUACAACUUUCUGUGGGACAGUUCAUUGUUAGAGUAAUGGAUUAUUGUGAAUUGUAUGUAUAAUCUCUUUUUGAUUUCCUUUUACAGUCAUCAUCAUUUGAAGUAGAUGAAGAGGGAUACAGAAUAAGACCUCCUGAUUCAGAAAGUAUCCUUGUAUUAUUGACUUCAAGAAAGUAAAGACUUUCAUGGGAAGAUAUGAUCAUUGCAUGAUAUUUGUAUACUUAUAUAAAUUUUGAAUCUGAAGUAUUUCAUGCCAGUGUAUAAAAUGUACUUUUUUUGUGACCUCUUUUCUUCUUAAUUCAUACCAAGGAACAACAAAUAAUGGAAUGAAGAGCAGUUGAUAUCUAUCAAAACAAUAAAAAACCAAGAGCCACACUUGUUAGCAUCUAUUACUACUGUGUGCUGUUAGUGAAUUUCUAUUUCACUCUAUUCAAAUAUAUGAUUUUUUUCCCAUAUUUGUAUUUGAUCUCUCCUUGAUAAUGACCUAGGUACCAAAUCAGGGGGGAAUAGUUCAUCUUCUGAUUCAGAUUCAGACGAUGGUAAGUCUUUUACUUAAAUGGAGUAACACAAGUGUGCCUUAGUCUGCCUUUUGAAAUCCUUGUCUGAAAUGAAAAAUCCUUAGCUGAUUAUCUAGCAAGGAAAAUAUUUUUCAUCCAAUCAAUACACAUUGAGUCUUGCAAGACCAGAUUCAGAACUUUGUGGAUUAUUGUUAUUAUUACUGUACAUAGAGAUAUGAAAUUGUUGAUGUUUUGAUCAGAAAACAAGGUAACCAUGAACUCUCCCAGUCUACCUUUUGUCCCUGAGAGUGACCAGCAUCUAAUUUCUCCUUACAUUAUCAUCCCAGAAUCAUUUAUUAAGGUCACAAGAAUAAAAGAAAUAAUCACCCGACUAAAGAAGCUCUUGAUUGUCAAGCAAAUUCUCCUUGCUAGCACCUUAGGAAAUGUGUAGAGAUAGGAAUGGAGAAUAUGAUUACCAAUGUAAGGGUGUGAAGGGUUAAGUGUGUUAGAACAUGGCUUGAGCUGAGAAUAUUCAGCCAUCAGAAUUACUUUUUGAUGUAAUAUUCAGCAAUGACUGCUAAUUUUUUUAUUUGUUUCAUGAUGGUUGCCCUAACCUAUGUUGAACUUAUUAAAAUAAUUUUUCUAUUUCAUCAAGAUGAGCCUCGAAAACUGCAAGUUGUUAUAAACCCAGUGGAGGCUGAUAAGGUUCCACAGACAGCUUCAGUUGAUGAAAUAAAGAAAAUUACUGGAACACUUAGUCUUUCUUCACCUUCAACAAUGGUUAGUUUUCUUUUUUUCAUAAUCCUCUGAUGGGAAAUCUAUUGUUCAAGUCGAAAACCAAAAAUGCGUUUCCUGAUAAAAUGAGAUUCUUGCCCAAUAGCCCAUCAAAAUUUUGCUUUGUAAGUAUUUCCCAUGAAGCACAUUUAUAUUAGUUUACACCUACAUGAUCAUUUAUUUUUCUUUUUGUUUCUCCUUUCAGCGUAAAAGUUUAAGUUCUUCAUCAGGUAAGUUGAUGAUAUCUUGUUAAAUUUUUUGCUUUGAACAUUGGAGACAUGGUUUCUUACAAACAUGUUUUUUGUCUCUAGGUGAAGGCAUGAAGAACAGAUCCAGGUCUUCAAGCCAUACUUCAAAUAUUAAAUCGUGAGAAGAUUAUGUCUUUCCUUGUAUGCAAUUACUACAGCUUCCCCCACAGUUAGGGUUAUUGAAAUUUCCAUGUACAUGACCAAACUUAACUUUUGGCACCAUGUUUUAUUGUUAAUUGGUUUUCCCAAGCCGCAUUAAUUUGUUGUUCAUUGUAUCAUUAUGCCGUAUUAUAUACCAUAUCAAAUUUUGCACACUUAUCCAUUGUCUUGCUUUUCCAACAGGUCACGUUCAAGUGAUGAUUUGCUUGACAUAGAUUUUAGUCAAACAAGUUUUGCUAGUAGUGAUUCUAUGACAUCUGGAUCACAAAGAAAUUCACUUCAACUCUCCCAAAAUGGCACUUCAAGUAUAAUUGACCCAGAACCCAACACACAAAGUUCUGGAGACUUAAGAUCAUUAGCUGGGGCUUUGCCGUCAUCUACAAGCUUAGGUAUCACUGUUCACAAGUUUUACAUGUUGUGUUGUAUACUUAAAAGGUGGCUUUGAACAAAUUGUUUUUCUUCCAACAAAGUUUAUAAGGAUCUCACGGUGAAUAAAGCAAGGUAAACAUUGCCAAUGACUAUAAAAGCUUCAGGCGCAAACAAGUUAUUGUGUGACAACAUCCCUGUAAAGACUCAUCAGGUCAAUCGGUCAGAUUUUUUUAAGAAAACUUGGCUUUCUAGAAAAGGUCUUUAGUGAAAAAACAACUCUCUUUAUUUCCAACAAAGUUUAAAAGGAUCUCAUGGCGAAUAAAGCAAGGUAAACAUCACCAAUGACUAUAAAAGCUUUAGACAUGAACAAAUUAUUGUGUGACAACAACACUCUAAAGACUCAUCAUGUCAAUUGGUCAGAUUUUUCAAAGUAAUUUUGGCUUUCUAGAAAAGAUCUUUUGUAAGAAAACAAUUCUUUUUAUUUCUAACAAAGUUUAUGUGGAUCUCAAAAAAAGCUUGGAUCAUUGGCAACCAACACUUUACAGUGUUGUUGUCACACAAUAACUUGUUCAUGUUUAAAGCUUUUUUGGUCAUUGGCGAUGUUUACCUUGCUUUAUUCGUCUAGAGAUCCUUAUAAACUUUGUUGGAUAUAAAAAAUAAUUUUUUUUACUAAAGAUCUUGUCUAGAAAGCCAAGUGUUUUUUUUUUAAAUCUAACUGCUUAUUUGCUUUGAGAUCCUUAUAAACUUUGUUGGAAAUUAAAAGAAUUAUUUUUUACGAAAAAAAAAUCUGAUAGAUUGACAUGAUGAGUUUUUACAGUGAUGUUGUUACCCAAUAACUCGUUCACGUUUGAAGCUUUUAUAGUCAUUGGCAAUGCUUACCUUGCUUUAUUUGCAUUGAGAUCCUUAUAAAUGUUGUUGGAAGAAAAAAAAAAUUUUUUUACUUAAGAUCUUUUAGUUUUCUAUAUGUUUAACUUCUAAUAAGUUGUACCGGAUUAAAGACCAACUCGCUAAUGUCUCUAUUCGAUUUUAUAUGUCAGUGAGUUGGCAUUAGCGAGUUGAACUGUCAGUGACUUGACCAUAAUUCCUUAGAGUGACUGGCUUCUAAUGCCUCACCCAUACAGUAUCACCUUUGAAUCAACUGCUACUUAAUUACUACUAAAUAUAUUAUUUUGAUAAUAUUUUACUAUGACUAACUCAAACUGUGAGUGGAGUUAAACUGCAUGCCACUAUCAUAACAGAGAUGGAUAUUGUCCUGUCUAAUUCACUGAAUGAUCAUUUCCAAUGUAGAUUCCAGUGAAAAUACAGAAGCAGAAUAUUGUGAUAUUCCUCCCCUGCUGCCUGCCAAAAAGGGAAGCAUAGUUCAGGAAGAAUCUUCCGAACCUCCUCCUCCCUUACCAGCCAAGAAGGGGGCAGGUACAGUUAACAAAGUAGCAGAAAAUGACUCGUCAGUUGCUGGAGGUAUGAAGUUUGAUUUAAAAAGUCUAGGAAAGGACUUAUUGUGGUCAUUCAUUCAAUUUGAGCAUGUAUAUACAAAGCAAGUUAAAAUCAAAUGUUUCUCAACAGUGUCAGAGACAAGUCCAAGUGAUACAGGAAUCAUGUUUCCAACAGGAUCUACUCCAGCAAGUGACAGCAGUAAUUCUUUGCUUCUCCUCAAGCCACCUCCAGGAACAGAACUCCCUCGUUCUGCAUCUGUUGGUAGUGCAGUACCAAGACCAAGACCACAGGUAGGUAUUUGAUGAAAAAAAAGGUUUUUGUGGGUUUGGUGGUAGAAAUAUGAUUAAGAGUGGCCUUUUUUAACUUUUUUGUUGCAAUUUUUUUUUCUUUUUCUUUUUUUUCUAGCCACGGCCUUCUGGUUCAUUGUUGUUUCCUCCUGGUCAGACAAACAAGCCACCUUCAUCAACAUCAUCAUCAUCUACAACAUCAUAUUCAGCUGAGCUGUUUAGCUGCUUGGCUGACUUUACACCAGUAACUACUAGCAGCACAGAACCUUCUGAUUCACAAAACAGUUCCCUCCCUGGUGAACAUGGCAAUCCUAAUAGCCCUUCAAAACAACCUGUUGUAAGUUACAUGGGUUCAACAUCAAGUACUGGCCAACAGGCACUCAACAGAGCUACAACAUCAUCUUCUCUUGGAAGCUCACAAGAAAAUGUACCUGCCCUAGUGAGGUCCAAAACAGUAGGAGGACUCCCCACCAUGUCGAGCGUGGUGUUUGCCAAAGGGGCAGCUAGUACUGUCCUAGGUAAAAAGGAUGAUAGUCUUCCUAUUGCAGUGGCAUUUAUUGAGUCUGUGAAUGCAUUCUUUAGAGGAAGUGAUCAGAGCAAGUGAGAACUUUAUUUGUUUAUUUUCUUUUCUUAUUGUUUAUAUGUUAUGUCAAAUGCAGUUUCAUGGGUUUUGAUAAGCAAUGUAGUAGCAAGGGGACAAAUUAACUUAACAGAAAGGAUACUAUAUGUAAAUUCUUAAUUUCUGACUAAAAAAGGGUUCAGGUCAUCGAAAUGUAGCCGUAGAAUUCUGUUGUAGCUCAGGAAUUCUCUGACUUCUCUGGCACCAAAUGAACAACCUGAUUUUCCAAUUAUAGGCUCCACUUUCAAGGAAAUGUUAAUAUAGUGAAAAAAAUGGGCUGAAACUUUUUGAUUGUCAAUUCAAAUGAAACUGAUGGAAAUUUUCAAAGGAGUUUGUCUUUGGUUUAAUUUUGUUUGUCCAAUGUUGGUUACACCCUCUUAACUGGUCUGUUUUGAGCAUGCACGCUCACUCAUUUCAAUACUUUUGGAUUUGACAUCAGAUUUUUUUGACACAUUCACUGUCACCAUGGGCCUCAAUGAUUGGGCAGUGGUCCUAGAUUAAAAUGAAAUUCAGGCUAGAAUGAUUUCAAACUAAGCUGACUUGUGUUUUUUUGUGUAACAAUUAUGAUGGUUAAAAAUCAUAUCCAGGGAUGAAUUUUGUAAGCUUUGUUAUAAAAUUCUUAAUUCUUGUAUUGUCAGGUGUAUGGUGAAGGUCACAGGUGAUAUUACUGUAUCAUUUCCAGCCAGUGUACUUCCGCUCAUUUAUGAUGUAGAAAAUGCUCCAAUGCUUAGUUUCCUCAUACGUGGAACAUCAUGUCUUGAGCAGAUCUUACCAAACAAGGCUUUGAUUAAUAGGUAUGUCUGAAACUAACUUUGCAAGGUAAGGAUACAUUUGUUGGAAAAAAAAAUAUAUUAACCCCAAGUAUAAAUUAUAUUAUCUGAUAGACUUGAGAUAUGUGUUGAAAAAGCCAAUUGAAAGGAAAGAACUGUCUAAAAUUUAUUAUUAUUUGUGUUUUGUAUUCAGCAAAGGACAGCUAAGUGGUGGUGAUGGUGUCACUUAUGAUUUUAAUAUGGCUUCUCUGGCUGAUCAUCUCAAAAAACAAUCUGAACAAGGAGCAAGUACCCAUUACAAUAUUGAAAUUAUCAAAUAUGAGGUAGGGAUGAACUUUUUUAGCUAUUAACACUUUACACCCUAACAUCAGUUUGCAUAUUCUCCAUGCUGUUCUCUAGAAAUUUUCUGAGGUGCUGCUGAGGAGAAAGUGUUUUACAAUCAAGAGCUUCUUUAGUUAUUGAUUGUUUUCUUUAUUCUCAUGGGUGAUAUUUUGAGGAGAAAUUGGAUGCUAGUCUUUCCUAUGGACCAAAUGGAAAAUAGCUAAAUUUCAAAACUGUGACGCUAUUAGUUAGUUUUAUAAGUAGUGAUGUGUGACUUCUAUAUCCCAAAUUUGGAGGUUUAAUGCAUUGAUUCUUUAUUUUUGGACAGAACAUUGAAGUUAUUAAUUUGUUGAAGUAUUCCCUGAAUCUCUGAUUAAUAGUUCAUUGCAUGUGAUAAGAAGCUGAUAUUUUGGCAAAUCCUUUCACUGAUAAUGCUCUGCAUUUGUAAAGUAAACAAGUCUCUGUUGGUUAUUGUUUGAUUCAACUUGUUACUAAGUGUUUGUGUAAUUUUUAGGUCAGAACAAAUGGCUUUUCAACAACUCCCCUUCAGCUGUGUAGUUACUGGAAAUGUGAGGAGGAAGCAACAGAUCUAAGGGUUGAUUAUCGCUAUAAUCCAUCCUGUAUGUCAGCUCCUUGUUCAAUUAGCAACUUAUCUGUGGUGGUACCUAUGAAUGGUGGAGUUACCAUCAUGCAAUCCAAGCCAUCGGCUACUUGGUAAGUGAUAAGCAAACAAUUCUUUUUUCCAUAAAGGCAGUCUUAAUGAUCAGGGAGAGAGGGGAUAAGAGGAAAGGGAACACCUAGUUGAGGACUCCCUUAGGAUCAGGAUAGGAGUCCUUUGUUAGGAUUUUAUGUCCACUGAGACAAUGAUAUAGGAAGAUUGUGUUGGGGUCUGAACAAAAGUUUUUGUCUAUAUUUUAGUGUUUCAUGUGGUAGAUUUUGUUAUUGUCUGUUGUACUUACUAGAAGAUAGUUAGUGUAAGUGAAUGCCCUUGAUGAUUGAGUAAUGAAUUUAUUUUAGGUCUGCUGAACACCAAAGAGCAUUUUGGAAACUGCAAGAAGUUUCUAACACAUCAGAAACUCAAGGUGAUCAAUCAUGAAAAAUCCUAUUUUAAUUAAUUAUAUUUCUUCCAAAAAAUAAUGGGCUGGUACAAGCCAGUGGCUCAAUUCAGCCUUAUAUUUUGAUUUGAUUGUUUUUUCUUGUGUUUAACUCUAAUAUUUUACACAAUAUUGAUUUCAACUUCUCAAAGGUAAAUUGCAAUUUUUUCAGUUCUAAGUCAAUAAGUGCCACACCAGAGUUGCAAAACAAACUUAAUAAAGCCAGCAGUAAUUUGUUGAGCAAAUAUGGUACUUUAAUUUUGACUUUUAUUAUUAUUAUUAUUAUUAUUAUUAUUAUUAUUGUUAGGUACACUGAGAGCAAGGUUUGAUUUAACACAAGGUCCAAGUACACCUUCACGAAUUGCUGUUCAGUUUACGUGCAAUGGUGCUACAAUUUCUAAGUUGAAUUUUGAGUUGAGAUGUCAAGAAUACAAACUAUCUCUUGUUAAAAAGAGGUUUACAACUGGUAGGUUGUAG